AUGGGCGUGCCGCCCAGUCACAAGGAGGGCGGCCAGUUCUACAGUGUCACUUCUGUAUACACUAACUCAGUGCAGGAAUCCAUCUAUAGUGGUAUAGAACAUGGUCUUUCGAGUAUCAACAUGACACAGGGACCUGACGGACGCAAUAGUCUUGAUAGUCUUGAGCCCACAGCUAUGUUAGGCAACAAUCGUUUUGUGGCAGGUAGCAAGUUUUUCAACUAUCAACAAUUUGGGGCACUACGAAAAGGUGGCAGUGUGACUCUCUUUUCCGCCUCGUAUUACGGCGUGUUAGUUGCUACAGCACAGAGUAGUCUCAUCUAUGCUGUUCUUCGAUAUUGCAUGCGUCCGACAUUAAUGCACUCGCUUCAGCUUCAGCGAUCCGAGAGUUCUGUCGUUAUCGAGUGUCUUUUAAAUAUUCCAACAACGCUCAGUUUUUUUCUUGGUCUAAUGUCGGACGUUAUGCCGAUCAGCGGAUACCGACGCAAGUCAUACAUGAUAAUUGGUACAUUAUUGAGUUUUCUUAUGUGUACGGGUUUAAUGAUACUCUCUGCGACUGUGGAUGUGAAUGGAUCUACAGAAGAUGGACUCAGCAGUUACAUCAUUUAUUAUAUAGUGCUCAUCAUGGGUGCCACUUUUGGUACUAUGCUCAGCAAGAUUGCCACGGAUGCUCGCGUCAUUGAACUAUCACAACGAGAGCCUCUUACAAGACGCGGUACUUUGCAGAUCAAUUAUUUACUCUUCCGUGCUGGUAUCGAAUGGAUUGGACUUUGGGUGUCUGCUAUACUUGUCCACUUUGACGACGUUGUUGAGCAGAAUUAUGCGUUGCGAGUUGAUCCGUUUUGGGCAUACGCAGUACUAGCAUUAUUAAGUCUAGUACCAGUGCCAUUUGUUGUACGCAAUUGUUCUGAGCGAAAAAUUCGAGCUGAGCCUAGUUUAUUGCACGGAAUUGCCGUCGAAGAAGGCGGUGAUGGAACGACAACAAUGCCAGUUCUUACCAGUGCUUGGAUUAAAGCAUUUUUUCGCAUGUGUCAACAACGGGCUGUAUGGCAACUCGUGCUAUUUCAGUGUCUCAUAUUGACGACUACGCGUUUUUCCUUUGGCUCGGCUAAUGCUGUCUUUGUACGAAUGGCAAAUUUGGACCCAGACACAACACUUGUAACCAACGCAUUAAAACACGUGACGACAAUGGCUUCAAUGGUCUUGUGGAAAAUUCUAUGGCUUAAUUCUUCGUGGCGAAAAUGUGUAUGUUUCGGUAUCGCUAUUAUGGUCAUUUCCCAGACUUUUCGCGCUUUUAUGAUGAUUUACGUACCGUCGAUUCGUACUCAAGCAUUUUACGAUACACUUGGAUGUAUAUCUGGAUUUUCAGAUGGAAUUAUCACGAUAUUCUCGCUUAUACCUGCAACAGAAAUUGCUGAAAAUGGAUCAGAGGGGGCAACUCAGGGUAUGUUGCUGUCAUUUCGAAGUACAAUUGCAAUUGCCAUGCGUACUUUAAGUGGUGAUUGGUUAUCAGACUUGGCUCCAGUCACUUUAGAUGAUGGAACCAAUCAUCUUUUACUUUUAUUGUUAGUUCUGAUUGGGUUUGCUGUUCAUACCAUGUCAUUAUUCUCAGUUCUUCUUCUUCCUCGUCAAAAACUUGAUGCCCAACAAUUGCGCGUUUAUGGUGGAUAUAGUAAGACUGCGUGUAUUGCAAUUUGGAGUAUUUUUAUUGUUGUUUUCGCAUAUGCAAUGGUUGUAAACAUCGAUGCUGUUGCAGACAUGGCCAAACGAGUUGACGAACAUUGA